CUCAUCCCACGCGCUACCAAACAGCUCCCCAUUCACCCGACCUGGUUGCUUUUUUCAAGACUGAGAUUCGUACUCUCAUUAUCAGAACACUUUGGAAACCCCUGUCACGGAAACUUCCUGUCCAGACCUUACUUACCUGUUGCUAGCUGA